UUCUCUUCCAAGUUCACAACAAUUUUCGAAAAUUCUUAGCUUCCCUUCCCUUCCUCCUUUCCUUCCACGUGUUUGUGUAAUUGCCUCAAACAAAAUUCCAACCAAGGAAACUCAAGCAAGAUGAUGCAAAUUGCUUCCCCCAACUAUUUCCCCGAAUUUGGAAUGGAGGAUCUCAACAUUUUUCACCAAUUAUACCCAAUUGAUUCUUUUGCUGCAUGUCCACUUGAUGACUUUGACUUCCACUCUUUCUCCACUGCCACAGAGAGCAAUGACUUGUCUUCUCUUCAAUGUUUCAACUACGAAACCAAACCAAAUUGUUUCCCUGAUCAGUCUAUUGCCCCAGAAAAACCAGCUAAGAGGCUCAAGACAAUGAACACUUGCGCCACUGACAUGAUCAUGGCUCCCACUCCCAAGCCUUCAAUUUCACCCCAGAUCAUUUCUUUUGAUCAGCAGUUCAACAAUGCUGCUAACUUGGUUUCUCAAGGUUUAUCUGAGGACAUUAAUAUUUUAUCAAAUUAUGAUAAUCAAGCAAGCCAGGUUGCCACCAGGAGCCCAACCCAAGCUCAAGAACAUGUCAUAGCAGAAAGAAAACGAAGGGAGAAACUCAGCCAGAGUUUCGUUGCUCUUUCGGCCAUCCUUCCUGGCCUCAAGAAGAUGGACAAGGCUUCUAUCUUGGGAGGUGCUAUCAGGAGUGUGAAACAAUUACAGGAGCAAGUGCAGACUCUGGAGGAGCAAGCAGCCAAGAAGAGAACUGGAUCUGGGGUUCUAGUAAAGAGAUCAGUUCUCUACAUCAAUGAUGAUGGCUCAACUAUAUCAGAUAAAAAUUCUGAAAGCCACUGUGAUCAGUCACAGCUCCCUGAAAUCAAAGUAAGAGCUUCUGGGGAAGAUUUACUCAUCAAGAUUCAUUGUGACAAACAAAGUGGAUGUGCAGCUACAAUACUCAGAGAACUAGAGAAGCAUGAUUAUCUCACUGUCCAGAGUAGCAGCAUUUUGCCCUUUGGGAAUAACAUCACUGAUGUAACUAUUAUAGCUAAGAUGAACAAGGAAAACUGCAUAACAGCAAAGGAUCUUUUAAGAUGUCUACAACAAGCUUUAGGUAGUUCAUUCAAUGGUGCAUAACCAGUUCAAGGAGUCAAUUUCAGUGAUGUGCAGGAGCAUGAUAAUAUGAAAAGUUUAGAAAUCAAUAACGAUUUUUAUCGGAGAGCUUAAUUUGUUUUUCCUUUUUCAUCCUUGAUUGGGAUUCUGGAGUACUAUACAAAGGGCCUGCGAGUAUCUUAGUUUGUUCACACAUACCAUAUUCAUUGUUUACAUGAUGAGGUUUCUUCUGCUUGGUGUGCUGAAUUUCAACAGAUGUGUUGCCAGAUUGUUUUCUUCUGUUGUUGAUUUUUUUGGGCGUAGUUGACUUAUUCGACUAUGUUCAUUACUACCUUGUACACCUUAGCAUUUUGAAAUCUGAUCAGUACUUGUUGAUCUUUUUUUCAAGAGGGGUUUUUGAGAGGCUUUGACUUGUCAUGUAUGAAGACCUCUUUCUUCCCUCUUUCCUUUUGUGAAAAAGGUUCCAGUUUGAUAGAAACUGGCAGGCACUUGUUUUAAUAUUGUUCCUUUUGUCAUUUACUUGUGUAUAAAAAUCUUAUGAUUGUACCCAGUGGUGGUGACUUAAUGCAAGUUGAUGUAACUUUUUUCCUUUUAAUACAA